AUGGGUUUAUCAGAGCGUAAAGUGAAGCAGAAAAUCGGGUUAGAUCCUCGUAAUUUGACAUGGUCGGACGACAAGUCACGAUUCUCCUACAAGCAUAUGACAGCAUUAGGAUGGGCCGAUAAUACCGGUCUAGGUUCUGAUGCAUCUGGGAACCCUAAUCAUAUUGCAGUCGUGAGGAAGAGCGAUAACGGUGGUAUCGGAAUGGAUAGAGCUAAGAAAGACGGAUCUGAAAUGGCUGCUGGUGCAGGACAAGCUGGAAGAGGAUUAGAAGAUGUUUUGAGAAGAAUAGCGGCUGCAAGUGCCAGUCCAAGUCCGGCACCUAGUCCGAUACCGGAAGCCUCAGAGGAGAAGAAUGAACAACAAAGGGUUAUGCGGAAUAGGAUAGCGUCUCGUCAAAAGCACCUCAACGCUAAGAGAUUAGCUUCAUCUUCACCUGCAGCACUAGCUGAGAUUCUUGGCGUUCCACUAUCGUCAUUACCUACUUCCCCUUCACCUUCGCCGUCAAUCACAUCAACCCCUCAACCUGAAUCCGCCUCCGCCUCAGAAGCCAACGGCAACGAAAGAACGGCGGAUGAGACGGUCACAACUUCCACGUUAUCAGUGUCAGAUUAUUUCAGACAGAAAAUGCGUGAGAAGAUGGCUUUACGUCAAGCUAAUUCCGGAUCAGGGAUUGGGUCGACAAGUUCAGUAAAAUUAGAUGAUUUACCUUCUAGUAGCUUGGAAAAGUUAGCUGAAUCAGAAGGAUCUUCAUCUAAACCUAUUGGUGGAUCUGUAUGGGAAGGACAGAAAAUGGCUUUUGAGGAGAAAGAAGUCGAAUUUGAUCCUUCAAGUGAACCUGUCCCUCAAACUAAAGAUACAUCUUCCAAGCCACUCAAGAAAUCAAAGAAAGCCAAGAAAGUGAAUCCUCAAGAAUCGACACCGUCUGCGGAAGUUGAUCCGAUACAUGAAGCUGCUGAAACUGUUCAUCAUUUUGAACAUGCCGGUGAGCCUGAAGAAGAUGAAAAAUCUCGUAAGAAGAGAGAGAAGGAAGAAAAGAAGCGUAGAAAAGAAGAAAAGAAAGCCAAGAAAGUUGAUGGGCUAGUCGUGGAUAAAGUUCAAGGAGAGGAGAUAAGUAAGGAGAAGAAAAGGAAACGUGAUGAUGACGUUGGAGACGUUGACGGCAAAAAGGAGAAGAAGGAAAAGAGAGAUAAGAGUGAGAAGAAGGACAAAAAAGCAAAGAAAGAGAAGAAGGAAAAGGAGAAGGAGGAGACUGCUUAG